GUCGAGGUGUAGCUACCUUAUUAUUCAUCUCUGGCAUUGAAACCGGCUAGAAACGGCUGAAGAUUGAUAAGAUAAGCGGAUCAACUUCGGAUCUGGGCGCGGAUGCAGCGUCUUGAAAUACUCGACCAGCCCAUCUGUACUCAGCCGCUAUUCAUGAAUAUUCUGCAUUCCUACACUUUCGAGUGUCUAUUUCCUUGAUUCCAAGUGUGCGCGCGAGACUACCAUCACCAUGUCGCACGUCACCUCGGCGUCGCCGCGCAACCCGCCGGCCGUGAUGAACACCAUCAUGGAGAACAUUGGCAACACGCCCCUCGUCCGCUUGAACCGCCUGCCGCAAUCGCUUGGCCUGAAGUGCCAGGUGUACGUCAAGUGCGAAUACUUCAACGCCGGCGGCAGCGUCAAGGACCGCAUUGCCCUGCGCAUGGUCGAGGCGGCGGAGAAGGAAGGCCGCAUCAAGCCUGGACAGAACGUGCUCAUCGAGCCGACGAGUGGCAACACGGGAAUUGGCUUGGCGCUGGUCGGGGCUGUGAAGGGGUAUAAAGUACUCAUCACGCUGCCGGAGAAGAUGAGCUCGGAGAAGGUGUCGGUGUUGAAGGCGCUGGGCGCGGAGAUUAUCCGAACCCCCACCAGCGCCGCGUGGGACAGCCCGGAGAGUCAUAUCGGGGUGGCGCGACGCUUGGAGAAGGAGAUUCCCGGCGGCAUCAUCCUCGAUCAAUACGGCAACCCCAACAACCCCCUCGCCCACGAGUUUGGCACGGCGGCCGAGAUUGUGGAGCAAGUCGGCGCCAUCCAAGGUAAGCUCAAGGCGGUCAUUGCUGGUGCGGGCACGGGUGGAACCAUCACUGGCAUUUCGAGGGGAAUCCGCAAGGCACACGGGAAAGAGGUGGCCAUCGUGGCGGCGGAUCCCAUCGGGAGCAUUCUCGCCUACCCACCCUCGUUGAACAAGGAAGGCGAUAACAAGCCGUACAAGGUGGAGGGCAUUGGCUACGACUUCAUCCCGGACGUCCUGGCUCAGAAAGAGGUGGACAGAUGGUACAAAACCAAUGAUCGCGAGUCCUUUUAUUGGGCUCGAAGACUCAUCACCGAGGAGGGUCUGCUGGUUGGUGGAAGCUCUGGUUCAGCCAUGGCAUGCUUGGAACAGACAUGCAAUGACCUGAACCUCGGAGCUGGCGACGCCGUCGUGGUCAUUCUCCCCGACAGCAUUCGAAGCUACCUGAGCAAAUUCGUCGACGACGACUGGCUGGCUGCGAACGACCUGCUCCCCCCUUCCACCCCCCUCACCUCCAAGCCAUCGCAAGAUGCUGCCGCUACCAACGGACACCACAAAGCCGAGGCAGAGCACGCCCCUGCAUCCCCGACACUGACGCGCGUGGCCAGCGUGACGAGCAAAGACGAAUACGGCAACGCCAAGAUUCGCGACCUGCGAUUGAAGCCCGUGCAAACCAUCUCCGAUUCCCAGACCGUCGAUGAAGCCGUGGAGCUCAUGCGAGACAAGGGCUACGACCAGGUGCCCGUCACCUCUUCCACUGGCCGAAGACUCGUCGGCAUGGUCACCCUCGGCAACUGUCUAUCCUACCUCGCCUCCCAGAGAAUCGACAUCGACUCCCCCGUCAAAGACGUCAUGUUCAACUUUAGCCAUCUAGACGAAGUCAAGCCGCUGGAGAAGAACCCUGGCAUUUCCGAUACCCCAGGUGAUGAAAAGAGGGGCCAACGCGAAUUUGUCGAAAUCACAAAGGACACUCCCCUCUGGGCUCUGAGCCGGUUUUUGGAGUGGAACGCUGCCGCCGUCGUGACGGAGCGCACGCAAGAGGAUGGGAUGAAGGCACUGGCGGUGGUGACGAAGGUGGAUCUAUUGGUGUGGCUCGUGGGCCGAGGACGACAUCAGCAGUCGAAUGGGCGGAAAUGAAUGGGCAUUUGGGUCUUGCAGCGCCGGCGUUGUUGACAUUACGGGAGAAGCAGAGGUACAAUCUAACGUUUUUUGCAAAAAGGCCAUCAACUGGCGAUGAGUCGAGCGUACCUCACCACCUUGUGCCCACAACGCCUACCGUCCCCCUCCCUUUCCUGCAUUAUUCCUCCCGCUAUGAACGCGUCCAUAUCAGAUACCAGAGACGGGAGCACUAGCCUCAACUCUUCACCGGCUUCCUCUUGAGCAGCUUCCUCACCUUGCGCUCCGUGUUGGACAUGGGCGCGUCGGACGAGGUGAAGGCGCUGGAACUCGCGUCGUAAGUCGAGUCUUGCAUGGGAUGGUCGUAAUUGUUCGCAUCGUGAUGCUGGGCAUCGGUAU